AUGCUCAGGCAAGAUUUCAAUCGAGUCAACCCUAAGAGGCGUAAUGUCGACUACCGCAAGAGGCAGUUCGCCGAUCCAGCUUACAAGGAAAUCGAAUACCCUCAUCGUCUAAACUUCUACGAGAUCCCCCCAACUGCAGACAUAACCUUAGAGCAGUUCGAGCAAUGGGCCAUUGAUAGAUUGAGGAUUCUAGCAGAGCUGGAAGCAUGCUCAUACCGCAUUAAAUCCGCUGCCGAAAUGGCAACACACAUGAAGCCGAUCCUUGAGAAAUACAUGCCUCUCGAUUCGAACACAUCUUCUUCGACAACUCUCUCCGCACAAAGGCAAAAGGAUCAUUAUAGUCACUUCAUACUGCGACUUGCAUUUUCCUCCACCGAAGACCUAAGACGGAGGUUUAAUCGUUUCGAAACCUUGCUCUUCCGCCUACGCCUCAAUGACGAUACCGCCCGUGACAGGAAUGCCUUUAUUCACAGUUUGAAUAUAGACUGGGAACUCGUAUCUGAAGAGGAACGCAAUAAGUAUUCGUCUGAGUUAACAGCCAUGAGCGGGUUCAGAAAAGGGACCGAGGAAGAGUCUUGGUAUAAGGUCAACUGGGAGCGCGUGCCAGACCUGAUCGAGAGCAGGAGGGUAUUCCUGAGAGCUGGCACAGCCUAUGUCCCCUCCAAAGAGCUGCCAAGUAUGGUCGUUGCCGAAUUUACAAAGAGAUUAGACCGCGCCUUGGAGCUCACAGCGCGCGCACUACCCCGACUUGAUGAGGAUGACCGACUAACUCCAAUCCUUGAUCAUUUGUCCAAGAAUUUUGCCACUCCCGAUGCUUCAUACAGUAAUACAAAUUCUAUGGCCAUUGGAGCUGAGAUUUCAGCCCGAAACAUUGAUAACCUGUCCUCGCAUUUCCCACUAUGUAUGCAGCAUCUGCACCGAUCGCUGCGCCGAGAUGCGCACCUGAAACACUACGGUCGCCUGCAAUACACAUUCUUCUUGAAGGGUAUCGGCCUGAAUCUAGAAGAAUGUCUGAUUUUCUGGCGUAGUUCUUUCCACAAGAUUACAGAUGAUACCUUCAACAAGGAGUAUAGAUACAAUGUGCGUCACGCAUAUGGUGAAGUUGGUGGAGACUCUAACCGUCGCGGAGGCGGUUAUUCACCAUUUUCAUGCCAGAAGAUCUUAACAGAACAUCCCCCUGGCCCGGGCGAAGCUCAUGGAUGUCCCUACCGGCAUUUCAACCUCGAGAAUCUAACUGCUCUAUUACAAGGAGUGGGCAUUUCAGAUCGUUCAGUCCUACAGGGCGUCAGGGAAGACAAGGACCAGCAAAAAUUCCACAUGGCUUGUAACAGGGUUUUCGAAUUCGUUCACAAGAACGAAAUUAAGAAGGCCAAGGAUGAAAACUUGCUUCCGUCAUCCCAGCUUGAGACUAUCGUCCACCCUAACGAAUACUUCAACAGAAGUUACAAGCUGAAACAUCUGGAUAAACAAACAGGCAACGAGGACGUGAAAAUGGAAGGUUUCUAA